GUUCCAGGAUGUCGCGCUGUUGAAGUACUUCCGGGUUGUACAUGGCGGCUCUGCAGUAAUCCGAAUAGGUAGAAUAACGUUAACGUUUCUGAAAAUGUUCCAUUUAAAUGUCUUACCGAGGUUUAGAUUUAUCUCAAGAAAUCAGCAGAUAUUAAAACACAUCCACCGAGGCAGCGUUUAUUUCCUGAGCAGCUCUCAGACAUCUUCUGCUCUGAACAAUAACCAUCAUUUACUGCAGUCAGUCCAGAGGACAUCCUUAACAUCCUUAACACCCUUAAGAUCCCAGAGAAAUCAGAUUCGACCCUGCGCGUACGGACAAUGUUAUUCCUCACUGCCGGGCAGUACUGACGACGGAGUUCUGAUCUACACCGGCAAUCUGGGCAAGGCCGUGCUCGGCGUGAAGUUUUUCUCGUACUCCAGUAGCAUGUUCAGUUUGUGUGUGAUGCCCCUCGUCCUCAUGAAGACGGGCAUCGGCAUGAGCAGCUUUGCGAUGAAGGCGGCUUUCUGCGGUUUUAUCGGCUUCUUCACGUUCCUGACUCCGGUCCUCCUCCACCUCGUCACCAAAGGCUACGUGGUGCGCUUGUAUCACGACAAAGAGACGGACAUGUACACGGCUGUCACGUACAGCGCGCUGCUGGUGGAGAAGAAGACCACGUUUCACCAGAGCGACGUGAAAGUCCCAGACGUGAGCCGAAUGUUCACGAGUUUCUACGCCAAGAAGCAGUCGAUGCUCAUAAACCCGAUGCUGUUCGACAUGCCACACGACUACAAUCACCUCAUGGGCUACGAUCAGCCUUUCUCCUUCGACCCAGACGACAUCAGUAAUGAUAAAAAUUAGCCGUUGUCACUCAUUUUAAUUUAAAACAUAAUAAAAGUUUAUUAAGAAAGCA